AUGGCGAGCGAGGAAAUGUCAGCUGUCCUCCAGGCGUUGAGGGCAAUCCAGGAUAACCAGUCUGUUCUGUCCACUGGCUUACUAAAUGUAACAAAGAGACUCGACCAGAUUGCACCUGAAGAUCAGGCCAAAGCUACAUCGUCAAAGAGCGGUGCCAGCAACGGCUUGGGUCUCAGCGCAAGUCCCAUACCUGCCCCGGGCUCUCCGGCCACUUCUGCAGAGAAGGAGAAUGCUGCGGUCCAGGCACAAAAGUCGGGAUUCACCUCGAGAAUCAUUCUCACAACUUAUCCCAAGCAGAUUGGAAUUGACCCUCUGGCAUUGAACUGGGGUGCAGAAGAACCGCAAGAGAGAGGUCCGGUGGUUGUCUCACGUUCCUCAUCUACUAUUGGCAGACGUAAUGCCAUUGGCGCCCAUGGAGGCUCCUACAGCAUCUACUUUGCCCUGGCACUGGCUAGCAAGCAGCUGGAUAUCAACCACCGGCCCGACUUUACCAAUACCGAACCUGCAGCCAGUAUUGGGCCCUUUCCGCAAUGGGGUGACCCCAAGAAGAUUGUUGCCAUGGAUCCCUGGGGUCACUUGGCUCCUUGGCUCUUCAAGGACACCAUUGAGGGACAGAAUGUGGACAUUCGACCAACCAUUGCUAUUACCAAGGCGCACAUGAAGCUCCCGGAACUUGAGGAGAGCGUAAGAAGCGGACGCCUUGUGCCGGACGGUAAGGUUUGCUUAAACAAGUCUGGUGAGCUGGCCGUGACCAAAUUCGCCGUGGAACCCGUGUGGUAUUUGCCGGGAGUCGCUGAGAGAUUCGGCAUUGACGAGGGUGUUCUACGCCGCUCCCUCUUUGAGCACACGGGCGGUAGUUACCCGGAGCUGAUUACGCGUAAUGACAUCAAGGUCUUCCUCCCGCCUAUCGGUGGACUGACCGUGUAUUGUUUCGGAGAUCCUGCCAAGAUGUCUGAUGAAAAAGUCCGACUAGCCCUCAGAAUUCAUGAUGAAUGUAACGGUAGCGAUGUUUUCGGUUCCGAUAUCUGUACCUGCAGACCGUAUCUGAUCUUUGGUAUCGAGGAAGCUGUCAAGGAAGCACAGAAUGGCGGAAGCGGUGUCGUGAUCUAUUUCCGCAAGGAGGGCAGAGCCCUUGGUGAAGUGACAAAGUACCUCGUGUACAAUGCCAGGAAACGAGGCGAGGACCGUGCCUCGGAUUACUUCAAGAGAACCGAAAACAUUGCUGGAGUCAAGGACAUGAGAUUCCAGGCUCUGAUGCCGGAUAUUUUGCACUGGCUUGGCAUAAAGAAGAUUGACCGCAUGCUGAGCAUGAGCAAUAUGAAGCACGAUGCCAUUGUUGGACAAGGCAUUCCGAUUCACGAGCGAGUGGAGCUCCCGGAGGAACUUAUCCCUGAAGACUCGCGGGUUGAGAUUGAUGCCAAAAUCACUGCUGGCUACUUCACAACGGGUCACCGCAUGACGGAGGAUGAGCUGAAGGCCGUCCAGGGCCGUAUGUGGGAAGAGUAA